CCGCGGCGCCCUCCGAGACGCCGCGGGCCCGCGGGGGGAUGCCGCCCGGGGCCCCGGCCCGCACUACCCACUGAAGCAAAUCCAGGAGGCGGCGGGGGCGGAGGCAUGCAGAGCUCGUUGUUCGGCUGCCAGGCCGCGCUCGUGCUUCCCUUCCUCGUCGUGGCCUCGGGAGCCCGCCUGAAUGCAACGAAGCGCUCGUACACCUCGCUGGUGGCUUCCGCCUGGUCGAAGGCCACAGGCUUCGCGCAGCAGGAAGAAUAUACCACGAAUGCGAUGUGCAGCAAGAAGAAUUGCGUGAACCCCAUCUUCCCUGGCCUGGAGGAGCUGCACCACCUGAGCGAGGCCCCUUGGCAGUGCUCCAACCUCCGGUCCGCGUCGCCGUACAUGAGUUUCUGUCGCAACGCCCUCAACUACGACCCGGCGCUGCCAGAGAAGUCGGACAGCUUCCCAGGGCUUCGCGAGCAGGUGAAGAGACAGGACAGCGCAGCUGCCAGCAUGUACUUUUACCACCUUGCGGGCCUGGGCUUGGAGCCUUGGGACUACCAGAGGCCAGACCUCUCGGACGAUGACUGCAUCAGGUCGAUGUGGCGCCUGACUUGCUACACGUACUUCCCACGAGCCCCGAUUGGAUGCGAGGAGGGGCACUUGGCAGCCUAUUUGAGGCCCUGCCAGAGCUCGUGCAUGAACUACAUCCGGCAGUGCGGCGUGGAGUGCUGCGACGAGAGCGUGCGGUGCGUGUUCACGCACUCCAAGAACAUCUCGGCGACGCAGCAGAUCACGACCGCAGGGUACGCCCCGCACGACGGGCCCUCCUCGCUCUGCACCGGCGCGGCGCGGCGCUCCGCAAUGCCGAACGGCGCCGUGGUGGGCGGGCUGCUGCUCCUCCAGGUGAGCGCUUGGGCGGUUGGCGUGGCAGCACGCGGCCUGAGUCGCUUUGCGCUGGCGCCGAAGGGCUGCUCCCGCGCCGUCCUGGUACUGCUGCUCGCGGCCACGGCGGUGACCCUGCAGGGCUGCGAGUUCGACGUGCCCACGCAUUCCGUAGGCAGGUGGCGCGCCGAGGAGGACUACCUCAUAAAGUACGAGUUCGUUCCGCCUGGGAGCUCGCCGACAGAAGCGAUCAUCAACUCUUGCGGGCUGAAGCGGCUCUCCCAGACCCUGCAGUGCAGCGGGCGCGGCGUCUGCAAGAUGUGGGAAGCCGAGGAUCCCGAGAGCCAUACCUCCUUCUGCGAGUGCGACCGCGACUGGGCCGAUCCCGAGUGCGGCACCCAGCGGAAGUCGCAGGCGGUGGCUUACAUGCUGUCGGUCUUUCUUGGCCCCCUCGGUGCGGACCAGUUCUACCUGGGCUCGUCGGGCAACGGCCUCCUUAAGCUUCUCACGCUGGGCGGAGGCGGUGUCUGGUGGGUCUACGACAUCAUCCGCGUAGGCUCAGCGCCGGUCCAGACCACCAGCUUCCGCGUGGCGGCCGACCUGCCUCACUGGAUCUUCGUGCUGGUCACUGCGUUCAUCGCCUGUCUCAUCGGCUUUGUGGCCGCCUACGUGACCACAAACGCGCACGUCGCCAAGCUCCGCAAGGAUCAAAUGCUGCAGCACGCGGAGGAAGAGGCCCACCGCUGCAACGUGGCCAAGCAGGAGGAAGAGGCGCGCUGGGAUCGAGCCAGGCGGGCGGCGCUGAACGGCUCCACGCGCGUGGUGGCGGGGGAAAGGGGCUGGCCCAGCUACGACGUGAACUACGGGACCAUCAGCCCCGCGGCAGCAGCAGCAGCACUGGCAGCAGGCUCGCAGCCGCCCGGCGCAGCAGGCCGGCAGCCGCAGGGGCUGGCUGGCAGCCGCCCAGUGUACCCCGCAACGCUGGACGUGGCGAUGCAGUCCCAGCCCAUGCCCGCCGCGAGCUACGGGAAUGGCGAGCCCCGUGUCCCCCUGGACGUCCGGGCGUACGCGUCCGAGUGGCAGGGCCAGCCGCCCACCUCCAGCUUCAACCUCUGA